CUCGCUGGGUCUCUCCAUCCGCCUCUUUAAGCGCCUCUCACUGGCGCGCCGAGGAAACCUCCCAGCGGCGGUUGCUGUAGUAUGUUGUCAACGGAGAAUCGCGCAUCAAAUUUACUUUUUUGGGGAUUGCCUUAUUCAUUGAAGAUUUAUACAAACUAGAAAGGCUGUAAAAAGUUAUUGAUAUUCUGCUCCCAAUGUGAUAUUUUUUUUAUAGAUAUAUCGCUCGAAAUAGGAUCUGAAGCAAUGGGGGCGUUUGGAGUGAUGAUAGGGAUGUUGCAUUACGCCGGGCUUUAUGUUCAGAUUAACACCGCUUUCAAGACUGUUGGAUUUGGCGAAGUAGACAAUUACCUCACUGGAAAUGCGAUCUUCACCGAGGUUCCCCAUGACACGACCACCCAGAGUGGGGAGGAUGUAGAGAUGGCCUGCUCCUUCCGGGGGGCCGGCGCUCCGUCCUACUCCCUGGAAAUCCAGUGGUGGUACUCGAGGAAACACGGGAGCUGGCAGCAGCAGCAGGAGGAGGAGGAGGAGGAGGAACGCCGGCCAGGCCAGAUCAUCAGCACCAACCAGGUGGUGCCUCUGGAGCAGAUGUCCAAGGAUGCAACCAAAAUAAGUGUGGUGAAGGUCGCCGGCAGCAACAUCUCCCACAAAUUGCGCCUGUCCAGCGUCAAGCCUUCCGAUGAGGGCACCUACGAGUGCCGUGUCAUCGACUUCAGCGGCAGCGUGCCCCAGCACCACCGCGCCCACGCCUACCUCCGCGUGGAGCCGCACAGACCGGGCCUGAGGUCUGCCGACCGGGACCAGACUUCCAGGGCUCAGCAGACCUCCAGGCACCAGGCGGCAGGCGGCCACCUGCAUGCCCACCCCGGGCACCAGGUUGCUGGGAAGGAGCUGAACAGAAAAGAGGCCGUUGGUGGUGGUGGUGGCUGUGGAGAGGACUGUAAGGUGCUGUAAGCUGGUGCAUUUGAGGGGGAGGUACAGAGAGAGAGAGAGAGAGAGAGAGAGAGAGAGAGAGAGAGAGAGAGAGAGAGAGAGAGAGAGAGAGAGAGAGAGAGAGAGAGAGAGAGAGAGAGAGAGAGAGAGAGAGAGAGAGAGAGAGAGAGAGAGAGAGAGUGAGAGUGCAUGUUUCUGAUGUUUCCACUAUAAAGGUUGCAUAUCAUUUAAAACAUCAUGAAGGACCAGACCCGGACCCUUUGUGUUUAUUGAACAAAACACACCCACUGAAUGUUAUUUGGGUCUCAUGUAGAAAAUUAGUUUGUUUCGAUGCCUGUGUUGUUGAACGCCAAAUAGGGGCAUGCUAAUGUGUCACUAAGUCCAUUAAGUUCCCUUAAUUUGUGUUUUUGCUUUCGUGUGUUUUAGUUUUUUUUUGCAUUAGUUUGCAGUCUAUGAUUAUGUGACUGUAGUAAGUCUGCGACGACCGGAUAAAGAUGGAUUAUGGGUGUCAGGGAGGUUCCUUUCUCAUUUACUGUUCUAGGGGUAAUUAAGAUAGAUGGUGUUUCUGUUUUAGUACAGGAAAUUAAACAAUUUAGAAGACAAAAUAUUUGGCAAUCCCAACUAACAUGUUUUAAACUAAUAAAAAGAGCUCAAUAGACAUUUUCCACUUCUCCUUUUCAAAUAACAUUUCUGAACAAAUGUCUAAUGGCUCAAUGUUUUAUUUUUUUGGAGCACAGCUGCUGACAAAACAUAAGCUAUGAUAGCGAUUUUGGUGUCAAUGUAUUUUUAUGUAUUUUUUUUAAUUAACUACUAGACUAUACGUGUUGUUUGGUGAAAUACAAAUGCUCCGUCUUUGUCAUCACCCGAAUGUAACAAAUUAUCCAAACUGUAUGCUUAUAACAUAUAGGCCUAUUCUGUUUAAAUUAUUUAAGAAAAUACAAGCCAAACAAUAUUGAAUGUCCAUUCUUUAACACUUGCUGUCAUUUUUAUUGAAGUCAAGAAUUUAAGUUGUGAUGUUCUUG